AUGGAUCGGAAUUCACAAAAUGCAAGGGAUUUCAUGAAGUAUACUAUUUCGAGGGGAUACAAAGUUGAUUCUUACGAAUUUGGAAAUCAACUCUCCGGAGCCGGGAUGGGCGCAAGGGUUGAGGCUGAACAAUAUGGAAAAGACGUAAUAGUACUUAAGAAUAUGGUGAAAGACUUACACCCAGACCCCAAAACUCAACCAAAGGUUCUAGGUCCUAGUGGCUUUUAUGACGAGAAAUGGUUUAAUGUCUUCCUAGAAGUUUCGGGACAAGGAGUUGUUGACGGAGUUACGCACCACAUCUACAAUCUUGGACCUGGUGAUGGUCUAAACUUGAUUACCAAGAUUCAAGAUCCUUCGUACUUGAAUCAAGUUGCCCAAACCUAUAGAGGUGUUUUUAAUAUUGUCAACAAGUUUAAACCGCAGUCGAGCUUGGGUUUCAAUCUGUGGAGCUCUUCGUAUGGUGCUAAAGAUGUGUCUCCAACCUUUGCCGAUGGAUUUUGGUAUUUUGAUCAAUUAGGAAUGGCUUCAACCUACAAUCACAAGGUUUUCUGCAGGCAAACUCUCAUCGGUGGAAAUUAUGCUUUACUUAACACUACAACAUUUAUUCCCAAUCCGGAUUACUACGGCCUGGGGUUUUGUAUCAUUUUUAUCAACUUGUCGAAAGAUAGCUCGUUCGAUGUAACCCUUUCAAGUUACGAACAUCAUCGUCGUAAUUUGAGAUCCACGGAUGUUGCGAAGCCCAAUUUUGAAUUUACGAGUCACCUGAAUAGGGAAGAGUAUCAUCUGACUGCAUUAGGUGGAGAUAUACAAGGUCAAAUCGUGUUGCUGAAUGACGUUUCAAUGGUUCCGACAGAUACAUUCGACAUUCCGCGAUGGAUCCAAAGCUUGUCAAUGCUUCCACACCCAUCUCGGUUGCUACUCAUUCCAUAG